AUGAAUGUGCAGCUGGCUUUAGUUGUUGCGCAAGCUGGACUUUAUAUGGAUGUAGAUGUAACUCCAGGUGCGAAAUACGUUAUAGUGCGCCGUAAGAAAGUGCCAGAAUUCGAGAGGGUUGAGAAAUUUACACAUUCGGGUCUUCGACUACAUUUUGUCACCUCUCUGCGCGAUGUAAGCGUCAAAAUACCACAUGCCGCGCGUCGCGGUGAAAAAGUGAUACUCAAGUGUCUCUAUGACUUGGAAGGUGACAGUCUCUAUUCAGUGAAAUGGUACAAAGGACUACGGGAAUACUACAGUUUCACGUCGAAAGAAACACCAGCCAUUAAAGUAUAUCAAAUCACGGUUGUGAGGGGGGAGCGUUCUGCAUCGAAUGAAAGCCAAUUGGUUCUGGACUCGGUUACGGUCUCCACCACUGGCAAAUACAGUUGUGAAGUGUCAGCCGAUGCGCCAUCAUUUCACACAGAAAUCUCAGCUGGUGAAUUGGAAGUUGUUGUACCGGGAAAAGAUCCUAUUAUAACCGGCAUAAAAUCACGAUACCGUCUUGGAGAUAUAGUACGUGGUAAUUGUACAUCGCGACAUUCCAAACCAGCAGCGAAUCUCACAUGGACGAUAAAUGGACGAGAGACCAAUCCCUCACACAUACGACACCACAAGCCUAUGCGAGAGCCACGGGAGUUGGAAACGGCCGUUUCAGGAAUACACUUUGUAGUGACGCCGCAGCAUUUCAGUGGUGGGAAGUUAAAGAUACGCUGCACUGCUCACAUACACGACGUUUAUUGGAAAUCAACCGAAAAAUCAAUAGAAGAGGAACGUCAUAAACAUAAUAUAAAUUCUGUCAACACUUUCUCAGAUGAUUACUUUGAUAUGGAGGACGGCCAAUUAGUCGAUCGUUCUGAUACUUAUAUGACACACAUAAAGGGUGCUGUCUCAUCCUUGAAUGCCAAUGGUGCAACACAUCAACACUGUCAUUGCCUGUCAUUGUUGCUGAUACGUUGGACAACACUAACGUUGGCGGCUUGGUAUACUUUACGCUAUUUUCGCCAAUUAUGCGAAAAAUUCUUUAUUUGGCAUGAAAGACAAGCAUCAAAGACAACAACAACAGCAAUACAGCCAGCGACAAAAACACCAAUAACAACAGUUGCAGAAGAAAGCGCCAUUCUGUGGGCCAAAGGGCAAAUAUUAACAGCAAGUGGGAAAAGUGUUGAUCAAGCAACUCCAAAAGCAGUUGUAACGACAACAAAAGCGGCUGGAGCAGCAAAAACAACAACAGCAACAAGAACUGUUUGUCAUGCAUGGGCGGCAGUUGCAGUCGAGCAUACAAAAUAUCGGACGCACAAUGAAACGACGAGUUCACAAUUAAUUGAGAGAAUAAUUGUACAAUGUUGUCAACAACAACAACAACAACAACCACAUACGCAUCAUCAGCAGCAGCAGCGUACUCUAGUUGAGUGUGACGAAAGGCGAGCAACACAACAAGAAAAGCACUUCACGAAGGCAGCAAUGCAACGAAUAGCAAAUAAACCGAAAGCAACCACAACAGCAACAGAAAACAAUACUGAAAAUACAUCUAAAUUGACGGUCGUAAAUGCAACAGCGACUGCUUGUUUGUGAAUAAUGCAGGAAAACAAAUAAAUUAAACCGUCAAAAAUAUAUUAAAUUAAAACUUUAAAAGUAGGGAUGCUAAGAAGUAAGCGUAGGGAGGCGUUAAACUGUUGAGUUAUUUUCAGUUUCCAGUUGAACAUCGACUAAAAUCCGUAUGUAACUAGCUUUAUAUUUAUUUAAGAUGACUUUAAUU